UGAGCAUUGCAUCACAACACCUGCCUGACGCCAGUAGCCGGAGUUCCGCGUGUUCGGAUGUGGAAUACGAUGGAAAGUCGAGGAGUUUCAUCGAUUAUAUUUGACUUGGAUAACACGCUGGUCGAUACAGCCGGCGCAGGACGUAUUGCCAUUCAGAAGGUGUGUGAGCUGUUGAAGUCUAUGCAUGUGCAGGAGAGCCACAUCAAAGACAUCUGUGAUCACUUUUUACGAAAGCUUCUCCAUGAAUCGUUCGACCCAUCAGAAGGAAAAACAAUAGACGAUGUGAGGAUCCAUCACUGGUAUGAAGCCCUACAGGAGACACAGGGCACAGAUCUGGCCAGCAGCUGCUACUACAUAUGGAAGAACACAAGAUUACAGGUGCUGACUCUUUCUCCUGAGGUUCGAUCUCUCCUGGGGGAACUGCGGAAGAACUACAAACUACUUCUGAUUACCAACGGCGAUACUCAGACGCAGUGGGAGAAGAUCGAAGCGGUGAGAUGUAAGGGUCUCUUUAGUUUGGUGGUAGUCGGAGGAGAUCAUCCUGAGCAGAAACCGGCGCGCUCCAUCUUCACUCACUGCUUCGAGUCUGCGGGAGUCCGGCCGCAGGACUGCGUCAUGGUGGGAGAUUGUCUCAGUACAGACAUCCAGGGAGGCAUUAAUGCAGGGGUACGGGCCACUGUGUGGAUAAACAGUGACUGUAAAUCUCUCCCGCAGGGCUCUGUGACUCCAGACUACACUGUACCUAGUGUACUAAAUCUGAAUGAUGUUCUACUUGAACUGAGAUGAUGUCUACAUAUGUGAACCUAAAGAUGCAUGCUUUUUUUUAUUUAUUUUUUAAAGAAAAUUUGUCAGAAAAAUGUGAUGAAGACUUAUAUCAGCAGCUUAGAAAAACUGUUUUAAUCUAUAAAAGUGUGAUCCUCUCUUAAAGUGACCAUAAUGUUGCGGUCACAUGACCAGGCAAAUAAUACUUUCUUGUAAUCAAUCACCAGAUGACAAUCCGGAUAUUCUACUUGAAGCUGUUCAUGUCCUACUAAUUAUUCUUUCUGUGGCAAUAAUAUUAACUCCAAAAUAAACCUGUGUAAUUUGAGUAAUUAGUAGACAUAACCACAAUCCAUCAAGUAACGGUCAUUAUGCAAAUGCUUUAUUAAUACAGUUUUAACGUUCAUUUAGCAUAUUUAACAGGACAUAAGACAUCAGCUAUCCAACUCUCUUCAAGCUACAUUAAACUGUAUUGUAUGUCUUUUAUUUUCAGAUUAUAAUUGUAUUAUUAAGAUGUUAAAAAUACUAAAUUAUUGGAAUUAUUAACCAGAAAUAUUAACAGAAAUAUUCAUAUUUGCCAAUACCUGAAAAAUAAUUUAAAUUGUGGAAUAAAUUAAUCAUGGGUGGGUGAUGUAUGUCUUUGGGUAUUUACAUGAUUGGUAAAAAAAAAAUCCAUCCAAUCAAUUUUAGAUAAUCCGUUUCACUCAGAUGUAUGUCACAAUAAGAAAGAAAAGAUCUGUUGCUACUUCCAUUAUAUCAUAGCUUUAAAAAGGUUAAAAAAAGGCCAUUGAAAUGAAGUGCUAAAUCUUCAGAAAAUUUUA